UUCAAUGUUGCGGGGAUCAUCGCAACGUAUUGGAUACCUCGUAUUUUUACAUAUUUGAUAAGUUAUUUAUUUUCUUUACACAAAUUAUUUAAAAUUAAGAAGUUUAGCAUUGUUGGUAAAUUUAGAGGUGCAUAUAUUAUAUAUAAACAUAAACUGUGUGCAUAAAUUCCGUCGUUGGAUGCUGUCAAUUGUCGAAACGCACGUUUUAUUGAGUGACAGUGGACAUUAAAGGGACAUACCGGCGAAGUCAUAUUGGAUUCAGCUACAUUGUCGCUUUAUAAAGGACAUUUUUCAAGGUCAACAUUGAAGUCCUUUCACGAUCAAAUAACAGGGACGAAAUGCCUGCCGAAGAAAACGUCAGCAAUUCAUUUUUACUGGAUCAAAUAAAUUCGGAAGUAGUUUCACUGUUGACACCUGUGAUCAUUUAUCUUAGCGUGUUGAUGUUCUUUGGUCUCAUAGGCAACAUGCUCGUCCUCUUUUAUUAUGGGCGUCAGACAAAGCGCUCCAGACAUGCGAUAUUUAUUUGCACACUUGCUUUUAUUGACUUGGCAAGCUGUGCAUUGUCAAUUCCAGCUAAUUUUCUGGACAUACGGUUUUACUACACGUAUACUAACAUUCCUCUUUGCAAGGUUCUUUGUUUUGUAAAUUACCUGACCACAACGGGUAGUGCGUUUACAAUAUUUGCAAUAGCUGUAGACCGCUUUAGACGAAUAUGUCGACCUUUGAAGCAACAAUGGGGCUUAAAACAAUGCAAACUACUAUGUGGUAGUUCAUUUCUGCUUGCCCUGAUAUAUUCUUGGCCGGUAUUAAUCUUUUAUACAUCGGUCGAAGAAGAUUUAAAAGCGUCAAAUGGUAAAAUUGUGAAAGGACACGACUGUAGGAAUAUAACUGCCAGAAAUUACAAAACCUAUUACAAAGUUUUCAAUUUCCUUUAUCUGAUAACAUUUAUUAUUUGUUAUGGGGUUAUUGUUGUGGUUUAUUCUCGUGUUGGAAAGUCACUUUAUCGACAUAAAAGAAACCUUCAGAAUUUCAGAAUGAGUUCAAAGAAACGUUGCAUGAAACGCACAGCAUUAGAUAAAACUCAAACGCCCAGAUAUGACAAUAGUGAUGUAAAAAACGAUGCCACUUGUGAAGGAAAGGCUCAAACAAACGACAUGAAGGAAACUGAAGACGGAUUGAACACAGUGUCUUUUAAAUACACCUUGAUCAUGUUAGUGAUUGCGGCAGUGUAUCUUAUCAGCCUUUUACCGUUUUUCAUCAUAGUCAUACUUAACGCGUUUCUCAAAAUGAAGGAUUCAGCUCAGGGAGGAGCACUUGUUGCAUACAAGAUUGGAGAACGCUCCCAAUAUCUUCCAUGUGCCGCCAAUGCAAUCAUUUACGGAUUUCUCAAUGCACAAUUUCGAAAGUAUUACAGAUCAGAGCUGCUUCUGUGUAAUAGAUGCAAAGUAUCUAACGAUAAUUUAUUAUCUAGCUCCGAUACAACGGUUACAACGAAAUUGUAGGCUAUUAAUUAUGCAACAAUACAUUUUAAUACUACAUAUGUUCACUGGCAUACAUUUUGAUGAAUUUGACAAUUUUUAUUUAAUUAAAUACAAUUUCUUUUUUAAGAGCUGCAAUUAACGUUUUUGCUAUUUACUUAUUAUGUAAAAAAAUACACUAUAGAAUAAUUUUACUCAUAUAUGCUUCCCUUUGGUUUG